AUGGUAUGUGGACUAUUGGGAAUCAUGUGUGCUGGUGGUGCAUAUUGUCCGUUAAGUCCUACCGAUCCACCUAUGUAUGUUCGUACAUUGAUUGAUGAAAUUCAAGGUCGAUGUGUUCUUGUUCAUGAAAAUACACGAGAGAGGUUCUCGAGGCGCGAAAUUGAAGAAAGCAUUGAUGCACUUACAGAUUUAAGUAUCUUGCCUAUCGGUUGUUCACUAUCAGAAUAUCAAUGUUUACUUGUGGAUGAAAGCAAUGAUGAACGAGUCAUUUUGCCUUUGGAUACAACGGGAAUUGGUCAAAUUUAUCUUGCAGGUGCUGGUCUUUGCCAGUGUUAUUACAACAAUCCUGAGUUGACCAGUAGGACCCGGAUAAUAAUUAAUAAUGAAGAAUUUUUCAAGACAGGUGAUCUCGCUAGAUACAAUGCAAAAGGUGAACUUGUGCAUGCUGGACGUAUCGAUUUUCAAAUAAGAAUUGAUAAUCAACGAAUAGAACCAGCCGAAGUGGAGAAGACAAUUAUAGCCUGCUGUCCAAAUGAGAUCUUCGGCUGUCUCGUCACCAAAUUAUCUCAAGAUGAGGAUUUACUCGUAGCUUAUGUCAUCGGUGAUAAGUCGCAGCUGGACACUGAAUUGAUUCGAAAUUACUGUAAAGAUCAUCUUCGUAAACACAUGGUUCCAUCCCAUUUUAUUGUUCUCGACAAAUUCCCACUGAAUGCAAGUGGUAAAGCGAAUAGAAAACAAUUAUCAUUACCAUCGUUGUCUAGUAAUGUUUUAAUGCAAUUUGUCAAAGCCGAUGAACUUUUAUCAUCAGUUGUCUCAAUGUCCAACGUUUGUCAGCCUGACAGAACAAUUUCCCAAGGUAAUCUUUCAAAUGCAUAA